CCACCCAUAAGCACAUGUUUCGUGGCCGCACGUUGCGACAGCAUUGAGAGCCUCACUCUGCGGCUCUAUUCUCGCUGACCCAGAGCCGGCUGGCAAACCCAAGACAAUUUCUGACUAUAUAGAAUGCGCUGAGCCCCUGAAACCGGGCAAAGGCGCUCGCUGCGGGCCAGCCCCCUGAAUUUGCGUUUCCGGUCUUUAGCAUGCUGCUCCAACCUGGACAGCCUCUUACACACUAUCAGGCGGGGAGCAAGGGCCCUCUCCCCGUCAUAACUGACGACGACGAGCUGCUGAACGUGGAGGCAUCGGUCGUCAGCGGUCCCUCCACGCCACACGAACUGGACUCGCCCGCCUCCGUCGUGCGUGGCGGACCAGCGGGCGCCCGACCAUGGAGCUUCAUUGAGCCGCAUCACACGGGCGGGCUGACGCCGGCGGGCAAGGGCGCGCUCGUAAGCUCGCUAUCCUUCGGCUCCACGGUUGGCGCCAACAACACGACCGGCGCCGCGGCGCCAGGAGGCCGCGCCAAGCGCGGCAGCAGCGCCAGCGGCGGGGGUGGCGACAACAGCUCCUCGGCUGGAUCCAGCCACGGCGGCGCCGCCGGCGCCGGCGACCGCUCUGGUGCCUCCUCUUCGCAGGGCGUCUACCCGCCCCUCCCGCCUCUGGACCCCCGUCCCACCAGUUCUGAGAAGCAGCUGCGACUGCAGCCCUUCUCGUCCGCCAUGGGCUUGCCAGACGAUGCACCGCUCAUGGCGCUCGGCGCCGGCAGCGGAACGGGAGCUGUAGGUGCAGGAGCAGGCAGGGGCUCUCGUCGGGGCAGCUCUGGGCCGCAGGGCUUUGUGGCAAGCGCCAACGCCGCCGCGGCCGCAGCCGCCGCGACGGCCUCUGAGCGCCUGCUCGCAGCAGGCACGCGCACGCCACUGCUGCCGUCGUCCUCGCUGUUGGCUUUAGCCGCAUCGGGAGCAACGGCGACGGGUGCGGCUGGCGUUGGCGCGACGGGCGGCGCGAGGGCGGCGCCGCGCAAGGCACGGACUUCUGCGGGGUCGCCAGCCAUCGUGCCAUCGGGGCCGGUGCAGCUUGCGCCGUUCGCGGCCGUGCCGGAGGCUGGCGCCGCCGGCGCUGGUGCCGUCGCAAUCGGCGCGGAGCGCCGUGGCCGCUCAUUCGGCCGCAGCCUCAGUGUGAAUGCCGGCAGCUUGGGCGACGGGGGCGGCAGCGGCGGUGGUGCUGGCGGCGCGGGCGCGGAGACGGCGCCUGGCGGGUCGGCGCUUUCAGCCCGCGCAAGCACGCCGCCGGUAUUCCCUGUGACCAGCAGUGUCGGGGGCGGCAGUACCAGCACCGCCGCGGGGGCCGGCGUUGGCGCCCGUCUCAAAACCAUGUCACUCAACCACAUCAAGCUCGGCCAGCAACAGGCGCAACAGCAGGCGCAGGCACAGGCACUGGCGCAGGGCGCGCGCCCAGCGCUUCGGUCGCCGCCGACCGCUGGCGGGACUGCUGCCGUGGCGCCGCACCCCGCCUGGAUCACGCCUGGCGGCCUGUCGCCGCAGCAGCGGGACACAGCAGCCGCCGCAGCAACAGCAACAGCAACAGCAGCCGCCACACCUGGCGGCGGCCGGCUGAGCCAACCGCCUUCGCCGCCUCAGCGGGGCGUUACGGCGACCGCCGUGUCCGCCUCGGCCUCGUCACAGGCUCGGAUCCAGGCCUCUCCGACUCUGCAGGGCCGCGGGAGCGGCGGCGUUCCCGUUGCCUACAGCAACAGCAGCAGCGGCGCUGCUGGCGGCCGGCACGCGCCCACCAGCGCACCGCUUCCUCGGCUGCCCGAGCGCGCGCUCUACUCUACGCCCAGCGGUGCCGGCGCCAACGCCGCUGGCGGCAGCCUGAGCACAUCGGCCGCGGCAUUCCUGGCGGGCGGCGCGGGCGGCGUGGCGCGGAGCCCCGCGCUGAUCCUGCCCGCCAACCUACCACCGGCUGGGCCUGCGGGGACGGAGCCUGGUGCCGAGGCAUCUGAGAUCAUGUUCGGGCACGGGGCGAGAGGCGCAGCGCCGCAGCCACUGGGCGAGGGCGAGGUCCCGCCGCUGCCGGAAGUGGUGGUGCGGGUGCCGCGCUGGCUCAAGCCCAGCGCGUUCCAGAUUACGGAGAAGCCGCGGAGCGGCCGCCUGCAGGAGCUGGUCGACCUGAUGGCGGCUGUGACGGCGCCCACCAUAUUCGACCUAGGCGGUCUGGAGUUCAGCGGCGCGGUGGUGCCGCCGCCGCCGCCGCAGGGGCCGCAGCUGGCCGGCCACGCGCACUCGUCCACCUCAUUCUACACCGCCUCGGGCAUGGACUCGGAGACCUCCUCGCCGCAGCCGCAGCGCUCCAGGGCGCUGUUUAUGAAUCCGGACGGCGUGGGCUCCGUCUCAAUCGGCCGCGGCGGCAGCGCCGCCAACGCAGCCGCAGGCGGCAGCCGCUACCGGCGCCACAGCGGCGCCAUCGCGCCAGGCCGGGACCAGGUGAUCGCUGUGCCGCCUGGGCAGUACAUCACGAUCUACAAUGCCACACUACUGCUCACGGCGGAGCAGUAUAUCAUGGUGGGCGCAGCCGCCAGUCUCACGCUUAAGAGCGUGGAGGUCAUGGGCUGCUCCCGCGAUGCAGCCGUGGCCUCAGCGGCCGUGCGCCGCCGCGCGCUGUCCAGCGCCGCCGCCGCCGCCGUGGCCUCGUCUUCGCUGGCGCAGCCGUCCGCGCAGCCGUCGUCACUGUCGUUGCUCGGAGGAGGCGGGGGAGCCAGUGGGGCGGUCACCGCGCCGGGGUCCGUGGCGGGCUCCGGGUUGGGGGUGGCACGGCCGCUGCGGCGCACCUCCUCGCCAGGGCGCGGCGAUGCCUAUCUUGGCGUGGCGGCGGCGGGCGCGGUGGCGUCCACCGCCGCCAGCUCCCGCCGCGCCAGCGCCAGCGGCGGCCCUGGCGAUGGCCUGCCGGCGCUGGCUGGCGGCGGCAGCGCCACUGGCGGCGGCGGCGGCCGCCGCCGCACCGUUACGAACAGCGGCGCCGCCAGCAGCGCCAUCAGCGCCGUACCUAGCUCCAUAAACAUCGGCGCCGGCGGCGCCGCCUCCGGACCGUUCGUGCUUUCCAUCCCGCCGCCCAUGGUAAUCCCCAACAGCUCCGGGAUCCACGAGCUCGUGGAUUCCAACGAGUACGUGGACGAGCAUGGGCUCAUCGAGAUCCAGGGCGGGCACAUGCGGAUCUCAAACAGCCGGAUCUGGCCCGGCCGCGUGCAGCUGGCGCUGUGCAUCUCCGCAGGCGGCGGCGCCACCGUACAGUACUGUACGACGGGCGCCGUGUGCGCCGCCGGGCCGCGCUCGGCCCUGUCCAUGGAGCAUUCGAGCGUGGACGGCGGCGCCGCCGGCUGUGUGUCAGCUUUGCACGGCGCGCGCGUGGGGCUGAGCGGCUGCCGCCUCCGCGGCGGCGGCGGCGUCAGCAGUGCAGGCGAAGCCGGCGGCGGCGCCGCGGCGGCAUGCGAGAUCGGCCUGGAGGUGCGCGGCGGCGGCACGCUGGCGGCGGCGUCGGAGUGCGAGCUGGCGGGCUGCGGCGCCGCCGCCGCCGACGGCGCGGCGCUGCACAUGGCCGGCUGCCGUGUGUCGUACCCGUCAGUGUACGGCGUGCUUGCGCGCGAUGCCGGCACGACGCUGUACGGCCGCGGCUUGCGCAUCGACGACGCUCGCCGCAGCGGCGUCGCCUCCGCCGACGGCGCCGAGCUGCGUCUGGUCGACAGCACCGUCGCCGGCAGCGCUGGCGGCCCCGGCGUGCUGCUGCUGCCGCCAACGCCUACGUCACCGCAGCGCCGCUACGGCGGCGGCGCCGCCAGCGGGGAUGUGGUUAUUGUGGGCUCGUCGGCGGCGGCGCUGCUGCCGUACGAUCAGCAGUCGCUACAGGACGUGGCGGGCGCGCCGCUGGCGGCGCCGGCGGCGGCGGCGCCGCGGGCAGUGGUGUCGCUGCUGCGGUGCGCGGUGUCGGCCAAUGCGGGGCACGGCAUGGUCGUGGCGGGUGGCGGCCUGGGGCAGGUGUACGACAGCGAGCUGUACAACAACAUGUACUGCGGCCUGGAGGCGGAGGGCCGCGGCUCCUGGCUGGAGGCGGUCGGGGCGCGCCUCAUCCGCAACGAGGCGCAGGGCGUGAAGCUGGUGGACGGCGCGGGCGGCGCGCUGACCAAGGUGACCAGCACCGGCAACGGCCGCGACGGCAUCGCCCUCGAGGGCGGCGGCACCGCUGCGCGCCUGGUCAAGUGCGAGUCGCGCGAGAACCGGGAGAGCGGGCUGUGCGUCACGGGUGGCGCCGCGGCCAGCAUGUCGGGCUGCCGGCUGUCAGCAAACCAGCAUGACGGGCUGGCGGUUGGGGGGCUGGGGUCGCUGGCGCUGGCGGACGGCUGCGCCUUUCUUGGCAACACUGCCAAGGGGGCGGUGGUGUGCAUGGGCGGCGCGGCGGAGCUGGGCCCCGGCUGCAGCCUGCACGGCAACGGCAGCCGCAGCGUGCAGGUGUCAGACGAGGGAAGUCGUCUGGUGCUGGCGCGCGGCACAUCAACCGACCGCCCCCCAGUGGCCACCAACGGGGGACAGCUGGUGCGCAUGUGAAUUAGCGCCGGCACUCGACAAACAACGCAAACUCAGACACAUAUUCAGGUACUCAGACGCUCGGACGCCAGGAGUGCCAUGGAUUCAUAGGCACGGAACCAGGGAGCGAGAGUGCGGGAUUCAUAAGCAGAGGCUCGCCGUCGCGUUAACGAUGACGAGCGAGGACGCAGGAGGAGUAUUUGUAGGGGCAAGCCAAUGAUUGCGCUUACGGUGACACCUGUUACGGGGCACAGACGAGAUGCCAAAUAUGCUGUUGAAAGCUUGUCCGCUUGGCUUGACCGCAUUUGCGAUUGUACAAAAUGGAGCUUGGCGCAAAGGUCAGACCUAUGGUUGAGUGAACAAACCCUGUACUUGACCGGACGUGACUUUUGGUGCUCGUGUCAGGUCGUGCCUGAGCACACGCGGUUUCCUGGCCCAGCCAUGCCAUCCACACUCCUGUCUGCAAUUGCUGCGAGACGGAUGCAUAGCUACAUGUUCAUAUGGAACGGUACGCAUGGCACCGCGUGUCCGGUGCUGGCGCCCUGUACCCGGCGGCUGCCCGGCGCGUGUGUUCCUGUUUCAUCAGCACGCACGUUAAUCGGUUUAAUAGAACGAUUGUGACCAUUACUUAGCGGGCUUGCCAUGUGGAGGCUUGGGGAUGCCUUUGCACGUUCGUGUGAGUUUCCGACCGUGUGCCUCGCGCAACCCAUUCUGAUUUCUUUCUUAGUGGAACAAAAUUGACGUCACCAUUUACGGUUGACACAAGCAGGCGGGCGGUGCGGCCGGAAGCGGGAUAGCGAAUGGGCUUCGACCGACUGAGUGUCUGUGUCACGCCUGACCCAAACGGCUGCCGACAGGCUUUGCUUGACUGCAGUACGGACGCACGCAUGGGGCUCUGCAUUACUUCGCAUUCCCGUUGUACAUACCAUGCAACAACACCGCCUGCCACUCUUGUUUACGACGAAGAAGUAGUUGGACUGUCGGACGGACUCCAGGAUGCUGUGGUGAUGCGGGCGAGGCGGUCGUGCGGCUAUGGACGUACGGUAUAUGUGAGAGUACGGUACGUGAUCGUGGGGCGGCUCCAGAUACGGUGUAUAUAAAUGUGUGGCGCCGCGUGAUGGAGCAGGAAGGCCGUGGCGGAGGCAGUGAGGUGGUGGAAUACAGGAGUUGCGGGCAACCCCCUGCCCCACAGGCUUGCUGCGUUGCCGUGAGGCGUGAGCUGAAGAGCACGGCGGUAGCCAGAGUCAAUGUUGUGGCCCGACCCGACGAUUGUGAACACGGUUAUCGCUGUUGUGUUAAGGCUGGCCGGCCAUGGUGGAGGUUGCAGCUGCUUGUGAUGUCACAACAACCAGGGUCAGGCUGUUUGGUUGGUUGGCGGGACUGGGCUGCUCGAGUCCUGAAAGAGACCGCAGCUAGAGAUGGCCGCCGCCGGUAGGCCGGAUACGAUACGGUCACAUCAUCUGAAUACACAUUCACGGUAUGAGAAAGUUCUCGGUAUGAGAGAUUCGAGAGACCCUGGAACGUACCGCAUACGGCGCAAUUAGUCCUUCUAACCACCGUUAUGUU